AUGCUCUGGGCACCUCUGCCUCUCUACUGCCACUCCAGACCCUCUACAGGUGGUUGGCAGCCCCUGCGUUUUGAUGGUGGUGCCUUCCAUCUCAAGGGAACAGCGGAGCUGGCACGGGCUUUGCUGGUGCUCCGCCUAUGCGCCUGGCCCCCCUUGGUCACCCAUGGACUAGCGUUUCAGGCCUGGUCUCAGCGACUCCUGGGCUCGCGGCUCUCCCGCACGCUUCUCCGAGGAUCCAUCUAUGGGCAGUUUGUGGCGGGGGAGACAGCAGCGGAGGUGAAGGACUGUGUCCAGCAGCUGCAGGCCCUGGGACUCCAGCACCUGCUGGCAGUGCCCACGGAGGAGGAACCCGACUCCGCUGCCAAGACCAGUGAGGCCUGGUAUGAGGGGAACCUCAGCGCCAUGCUGCGCUGUGUGGACUUGUCGCGAGCUCUCGUGGACACCCGCGGCCCAGCCAGAAACAGCCUCAUGCAGCUGAAGAUGACAGCACUAACCAGCACCCAGCUUUGUAAGGAGCUGUCAGCUUGGAUCCAAAGGCCAGCAGGCUCCUCGGAGCUGAGCCCCGAGAGGCUGGCAGACGCCAUGGACUCAGGCCAGGAAACCCACAAACGACUGGUGCGGGAUGCUGAGGCCGCACACAAGGCUGGCCUGGCGUUUGGGGUGAAGCUGGUACGGGGCGCCUAUCUGGACAAGGAGAGAGCCAUGACACAGCUCCAAGGGAAGGAAGAUUGCACCCAGCCUGACUAUGAGGCCACUAGCCGAAGUUACAGCCGCUGCCUGGAGCUGAUGCUGCGCCGAGUGUCCCGUCAUGGUCCCCUGUGCCACCUCAUGGUGGCUUCCCACAAUGAAGAAUCCGUUCUCCAGGCAACUAAGCGCAUGUGGGAGCUGGGCAUUCCUCCAGACGGGCCGGUCUGUUUUGGACAACUUCUGGGCAUGUGUGACCACGUCUCCCUGGCACUAGGACAGGCUGGAUAUGUGGUAUAUAAGUCUAUCCCCUAUGGCUGCCUGGAGGAGGUGAUCCCCUACCUGAUUCGGAGAGCCCAGGAGAACCGGAGCGUGCUGCAGGGUGCCCGCAGAGAACAAGCGCUGCUCAGCCAAGAAUUGUGGCGGAGGCUGCUGGGAAGGAAGGUCUAA